AUGGCACAGGUACAUGGGACGUGCUGCAGGAACAUGGAGAGGUCAGACCGUGAUAUGAAAGGAAAGUCCAAGCGGAAGAGGAGGAGGAGGUGUAAAGGCAAAGGACGGAGCAACAUGUUAUCAACCCUCAUCGGUCCCAUAAGACACUGGGAUGCUGGAGCGUCAUCAGCUGAGGAUGCAGACAGUUCAAGUACUAGCAGUUUGGAGGUGAAUGAGAAUCAGGAUGAUAAAAUCCAGAUGGACUGUGACCUCCUACGAAAGUAUCAUCCAUCAACUUUUUGCACAACUUUCCCCAUCCACGGCCCAAGAGCUCUGAAGAGGAAGCAGCCGCUGUUGGAUGGAAAAGACCGGCUGCUCUACCAAAGCCACUUAACUUGUAAAAGAGCCGCCUGGGCUGUCACUCAGAAGAACGCGCUGGUGCAGUUGAACGAGUUACGACCCGGUCUGCGAUACGAGAUCAUGUCAAAGACUGGCCCACUGCAUGCUCCAGUGUUUUCUGUAGGUGUGGAGGUAAAUGGUUUCCGCUUUGAGGGCCGAGGAUCCACAAAAAAGCAGGCCAAGAUGAGGGCCGCAGAACUCGCUCUGCGGUCAUUCAUCCAGUUCCCAAACGCCUCCCAGGCUCACGCCACCAUGGGGAACUUCACCAGCACUCCUACGGAUUUCACAGCGGAUAAACUGGACAUCCCCGACACAUUCCUCAAAGAGUUUGAGCCAUCGUUGCGUGAAAACUGCGAUCUACUGCACUGCAACACAGCAAAAAACGAGGUUUUCUCCAGCAUUUACAACCACAGAAGACUUGUCCGACUCACACUGGACUUGGUCUCCUCGACAAACCCAAAAAGACGAGCCCUUAGCACCUCGCUUCUAGAGCACCUCAGCCCAGUGGUGCUGCUCAAUGAGCUGCGACCAGGACUCAGGUACAUGUGCCUGACAGAGAGAGUUCAUGGCAGGCCAAUGAGGAGUUUUGUUAUGGUGGUUCGGGUGGAGGGGAGGGUGUUUGAAGGGUGUGGGCACAGUAAGAGGCUGGCCAAGGCCCAGGCAGCAGCAGCCGUCCUACAGUGUAUUUACAACAUAAGUGUGGGACCGGAGAGGAAGUUCACGGGCCUCCAGGGCAGCAGAGCAAAAAAUCAGCUACCUCAGUUCUUUGCGGAGUCGAUCUUCCACCUGGUGAGAGAGAAAUACGCAGAGCUGACGGACAGCUGUUUCUCUACCUCGCACGCCCGUCACAAGGUCCUGGCGGGGAUCGUGAUGACCAGAGGGUUUGACCUCAGAUCAGCCCAGGUUGUGUCUCUGGCCACCGGCACUAAGUGUCUGGACUCGGACAACGUGAGCGACUACGGCGGUACGCUCAGCGACUGCCACGCUGAAGUCGUCAGCCGGAGGGCGCUGGUUCGUUUCCUGUACGCUCAGCUGGAGCUGCUGCUCUGUAAGUCAGCAGACUGCGAGGAACAAUCCAUCUUCGUACCAAAUAAAGGCGGUGUUGGCGGCGGUGGCGGCGGCAUCUUCCGACUGCGGGAGGGCAUCCUCUUCCACAUGUACGUCAGCUCGUCGCCGUGUGGAGACGCUCGACUCAACUGCCCGUACGAGACCACAGCUGCAUGUGAGACAAACAUAUUCAGAUGCAGGCGGUUCCACUGUCACCUCAGGGUGAAGGUGGACGGAGGCGAGGGGACGCUGCCGAUCACCGCACGAAGAGCCAAUCAGAAAUGGGACGGCGUGGCGGCGGGCAAACCUCUCGUCACCAUGUCCUGCACCGACAAGAUGGCAAACGUUGUGGGCCUCCAGGGGGCUCUCCUGUCUCCACCUGUGGAGCCGGUUUACCUGCACAGCCUGACGGUGGGUUGGACGCUCAGCCACACGGGUCACUGGAGCCGGCCCGUAUCCACCGUCCGUCUGAGCAGUAGUGAUAUCCGGCCGGCAGGGAAGGCGCCGAACACCAGCGUGAACUGGAGCUGCGGCGACGGAGGCCUGGAGGAGAUCAGCACCUGCACAGGAAGGAGGCAGGAAUCAAGGACGCCGUCGAGGCUAUGCAGGCGCUCCGUGUACGCCCGCUGGCAGAGGCUGCGGCAGCAGUUGAACGGUGCAGAAGCCACUCCAGGGACAUAUUCUGGUUCGAAGAUGGCUGCCGGACGCUACCAAAGGGCGAUGCAGCAGUUUAUUAACGCUCUGCAGGGUGGAGGGUUGGGAACGUGGCUCAGAAAACCUCCAGAACUGGGUCACUUCAAAGUCAGUGUGUGA